CUUGGCAUUGACUUCCUAAGCCAUACGCGAGAAAAUUGCAACGAAAUUUCGACUCAAGCUUAUCGCUUUAGCCGAUCGAAACGUUUUUUUUUCCUCUUUCUUUUGGCAUUUUGUCACCGAUAUAAUAGAGCUACCGUAGUGAUGAUCUAAAGGGAAUUUUAGUUUAUAGUUCAUUUCUGUCGAGUCAUGUGAAUUAUUGUGAAUAUAUCGAAGAAACAGGGGAUUUUUAGUGUUGAAACGUGUUCUAAUUUCGAUUUGAAUAGAUGAAAGUUUUGAUAUUAAAACCGCACACUGUCUCAGGGGAAACCCUCGAUAAUAACGUGUUCAUGCAAGCGGGUGACGAAUUAAUUUAGUGUUAAUGAAUGGGUUGUAUUACAUUUCUUUCAAAUUGAUUUGAAUUUGUCUGUAUGAGCAACAAGAUUUCCUUGUUUAUGACGAACGAGAAACUUGAAGUUUUUCUAAGAGUUCUUACAGCGAGCUGAGUUUGUGCUAAGUUUUUUUAACGAUGAAUGCCAAUUGCGUCAUAGUUGUGUAAAUGAUGCCAUCUGAUAACUAUAUAACAUACACAGAAAAUCAUAUAACAGCUAUCAGAUACUGGCUGUGUCGUAUAGAAACACAUAUGCAGUUGUAAAUUUCUUUCUAAAGAAUGAAAAAUCCAAAUUUAAAAGUAAACUCGUGUUAACUAUGCCUAGAACUAGUUUAUAAGCUAAAGUUAAGCCGGUCGCUAGCGAUAUUAACAAAAGGUUUGCACAAAUGUUGUCAGGGAAUUUCCCUGACUAAACUAAAUCGUGACUCGCAAUAAAAUCGGGUAUUUCCGACACGAGGGCGAUAAGAAGCGAAAAGUUCAGCAGUUUGCAAGUUUGAAACAAAGCACAAAAGGAAAUUUCUUCAUUUUCUGCCGGGGAAAACCGAGAAAAACUAAUGAUGUGGCGAAAGUAUAAAACUGCUGCGGGAAGUUCCUUUAAAAAUAUAGCCAUUUCGCAAGUUUUUAAAAUAGAAAAUUUUCGAAAAAUGAAGGGUAUAAAAGGGCCCCCACGUUUUGAGAGUCUUUUAAAUUCGGAGCGAGGACAUAUAAUAGCAUUGUUUUGGGUGACAAAUCAUGUCCGAUACUCAGGUUUUACAAAUUCAAGGAGGGACACCUCUAAAUGGGGCUGUCACAAUUUCUGGAGCGAAAAAUGCCAUUUUGCCAUUGAUGGCCAGCGCUGUACUAACCGACAAGCCUGUCGUUUUUAAAAACGUGCCGAAUAUUGAUGAUGUUUUUUCAAUGCAAAAGCUUUUGUGGAGUCACGGAGUCGCCGUCGAAGUGAGAGAAUGGUCUGGUGAACUCGAAGUUGCGAUCCAGGCCUUAGAUCCGCGGCCAAUUCCCAACGAUCCGACGAUUAGCGGCCAAUUCCGAGCAUCAGUUUCACUGCUCGGGCCGUUGCUUGCGAGGCUUGGCCAUGCGAGGGUAUAUUUGCCGGGCGGAGAUGCAAUUGAUAGCCGAGGCCGACCCAUUGAUAUACAUAUAACAAAUUUGAGAAGUUUGGGGGCAACCGUGACAGAAAAUAUGUUUGCAACCCCCCCAUAUGUUGAAGCGUUUGCACCUUCUGGUCUCAAUGCUCCUCGACGAGCGUUGACUUUGCCGAAGGUCUCUGUUGGAGCCACGCAAAACACCAUAACGGCUGCAUGUGUCGCGAGGGGAACAACUACCAUUGAAAAUGCCUCGGUUAAUCCUGAAGUACUGGAUUUGGUGAAAUUUUUGAAAACUUUGGGUGCUGACAUAAAUGUCGACAAAGCUAACCGAAAGAUUACGAUUCGUGGCAAAAAUAGGAGUGAUUUGAGUCGAAAUACCGUGCCGAAUCACACAGUAAUUCCAGAUAGAAUCGAAGCUGGUACCUAUGCUAUUGCUGCAAUGAUUACAGGUGGAAGCAUUGAAUUGAGAAUGGGGGACGCAUCAGACCCACUUAUAUUGGAACUGUUAGAAUCCGAGUUCUGGCGUUUACUCGCAGCUGGCGCGGACGUCGUUCGCACACAACGAGGAGUUGUUCGCAUCUCGCGAAAACGAGACUCCAGAGGUCGUAGCUUGUUACCUAUCUCCCCCGUAAGCGUUGUGACCAAGCCCUACCCAGGGUUUCCCACAGAUAUGCACCCUCAGUGGGCUGCACUGAUGUGCUUCAGCAAUGGUCAGUCGUGGAUUAAAGAGACCAUUUUUGAUGAUCGUUUUUAUUACGUGGAACAGCUGCGGAAAAUGGGCGCGAAUAUCCAUCGCGACUCUCGUGACCGAAAAAAAGUGAAUAUUAUUGGAAAUGAAGAACUGGCAUUUGAUGAGGAUCUAGUCGAUGUUGAGGCCAGCGAUAUUCGGGCAGGCGCGGCUUUGAUCUUGGCAGCUCUUGCAAGACGUGGUGUUACUCGCAUCACUGGUCUCCACCACAUCAAACGAGGAUAUGAGAAUUUUCUAAACAAGUUUCAAUCAUUCGGUUCUCAAAUGUUUGUUUAUUAACAUUUCUUGAACAAUUUUAAAACCUCCCAAUAAUAUUUUGUAUGCAGUUUUUUCUUUAAUCAUAUCAUUUUGUAGAAAGACUUUGUAAGCUCUGGGAGUUUGUAUCUGAAUAGCCCAGAAAAAGAACAAUAUUACUUUUGCACAGCAUGUAUCUCAUAAAAGGGUAGAAAUAAGACCGAUAAUUCUAUUUUGAUUAUCCAAGGUCGAGUCUAUUCAUUUGAUGUAACUCAACCAGUUUUUUUGCCUAAGGUAAUUCAAUAGCAUAGUUCUGUAAUAAAAUCUGCAACCUCAUCUAACGGUACUAGAUCAAUACAGUUUAUUGCUUUGCGCUCAGAUUAUUUGGAAUUCCAAGAAUAUUUCAUAACUGAAUCGCUUAUUCAGUCUUUGGGCUUUGAUUGGCUGGCGUGUUCGAACGUUGCCUCGCAUUGGCUGGAAGUAAGUGGCGGUGAUUGGUGCAGCGACGGUGCUUUCGAUUUUGUUCGAGAUAUGAACACGCGGUAGCGUAGAUCAGCGGUAACUCGCAGGAACGUAAACAAGAUAAUGCGGGAAAUGCAUUCGGAGCACGGUAACCUUUGGAACUUGAAUUUUAAUCUCUUAUUGAGCAAAAAUACCAAGAAAUGAAUGAAAAUGUAGUGGAUUUCGUUGGUGGCUGUCUUGGAGGCAUGGCAGGAACCGUUGCUGGUCACCCAUUUGAUACGGUGAAGGUUCGACAUCAGAUGCAGAAGCAUGGGGAGCGUGUGUAUCGCGGAGUCUUCAGUUCUGCUUGGAGGAUAGUAAAAUAUGAAUCUGUUACUGGGUUAUUCAAAGGAAUGGCAUCACCACUGGCUGGACAAGCAUUCAUCAAUGGUUGUGUAUUCGGUGUUUACAGUGAGUCAUAUCGUCGUUUGCAACAUGUCCCAUAUACUGUAUUUUGGGCUGGCUGUGUUGCUGGUGUUGCACAGGGCAUCGUCACAGCCCCGCUGGAGCUUGCGAAGAUCCGCUUGCAAGUGCAGGGCGAGGGGAUGGACCCUCGGAAAAUGACAAUAUCUGAGAGGAAAAAGUUGAGGUAUACUGGCUCAAUUGAUUGCAUGUGGAAAAUAUUCCGAAAUGAAGGCUUGAGAGGAUUUUCAAAAGGAAUGUGCGUCACUGUAGUAAGAGAAAUUCCUUCCACUGGAGUGUAUUUUUAUGGCUACGAUGAGCUAUGCAAACUUGGACCAAGGUCCAAAUCGAAGGAUGAAGCUUCUCCAGCAACUGUGCUUGUUGCUGGUGGAAUUGCAGGUGUCCUUUCAUGGGUUGUCACCUACCCUUGUGAUGUGAUCAAGUCCAGAUUUCAAGCAGAUAUUGAUGGCAUAUACAAGAGCAGUAUAGAUUGUGCAAUUAAGAGUUACAGAGCUGAAGGUUGGCGGAUGUUUUUUCAGGGCAUAAAUUCAACAAUUAUCCGGGCAUUCCCUGUCAAUGCUGCAACAUUUGGUGCUGUCGUAAUGUUUGCAAGGCUUGUAUACGGUGAUGAGAAUGAUAUGUGUGUUAGAUUUCAUGAAAUAUUUACGAAGGCAUUUCAAGACGAAGUAAAUAGAAAAAUGGCACUCGAUUUUUUCGCCGGUUCUAUCGGGGGUAUAUCUGGUGUUUUUGUGGGACAUCCAUUUGACACUGUUAAAGUUAGGUUGCAGACACAGCCAUCCAGUAGCUAUUCUGGAAUGAUACAAUGUUUCUCAAAAAUUAUCCGAGAAGAAUCGGUAUUUGGUCUUUACAAAGGCUUACUGCCUCCUCUUGCUGGUUUUGCAGCUAUGAAUGCAAUAACCUUUGGUGUACAAGGGCUGACAUAUCGCCGCAUGGAACCAGGCUGGAAGAGCCUGUUUUUGUCUGGUACCAUAGCUGGUGUUACCCAGUCGCUCAUUGUUUCACCCAUGGAGUUGGUGAAAACACAACUGCAACUACAGGGUCAAGGCAUGAAAUACAAACACGUUAUCAGACAUACCCCGGACGAGAUGCUACGGUUUAAUGGUGCAUGGGAUUGUCUGAGAAAACUUUUUAUAAACGGUGGUUUGAAAGGUGUUUACAGAGGGUUCAUCGCUACGGCUGCAAGAGAAGGGCCUGGAAUGGGAUGUUAUUUUGCUGUCUACCACGCGCUCUGCUCAAGAAUGGCGAGGUCUCGCGAAAGCGUGCAUCAUUUGGGCAUAUUCCACUUGUUGGUCGCAGGAGGUGUGACCGGCUCCAUCUCCUGGAUUUUCACAUACCCCGUUGAUGUCGUUAAAUCGCGUUUUCAGGCAGAUCUUAAUGGAAAAUACGUCGGACUGAUCGACUGCCUCAAACAGACGUAUAAAUCAGGGGGAAUCCCUGUGUUUUUCCGUGGCUUGAGUACGGCCAUUGUUCGUGCUUUUCCCGUCAACGCAGCGACGCUUUCGACCGUUACUUUAAUACUCAGGACGCGCGUCGAUCGAUAGUAAAUAAGUAGAAUUGUAUUAGGCGAUAAAUUCGAUAAUCAAAUCGUAUGGAAAUGUAAUCAAUAAAUCGUUUGACGAUUAGUAUUUUUUUGUAUUAGACCUGGCAGGAAAUUCGGUUGGUGGGCAUAUAACCAGUGUCACAGUAAUGGAUGUAGGUUUCAAUAAUGGUGUAGCUUUUGGACGAAAUAACAAGAAUAAAAUAC